CUUCGGCCAGAACUUGUGGCAUGGACUCGUCGACGAGGUCUGGUUGUCCCGUUUCGGUCUGAGCCUUUUCGCUUGCCAUGAUAAUCAGCUGACAUCAAUUAGUUCCCAGAGCCUACAACAUCGAAGGCACAGAGCCAACAUGGCACCAUAAUGGAAGCUUCAGGUGGCCCCAGUUCUGAUCCAAGCCAUGUCCUCCUUGGGGGGACUCCAAGUGAUAGCGGCUAUCGGGAUAUGCAUCCUCAACCCAUGCAUGCAUUCAGUCUAUGGCAGUCAUUUCUUCAGAAUGUUAAUCCUCUAUCUAAAGUAAUACAUUCGUCCUCUGUGCAGAUGCAUGUCAUAGAGGCUGGUAGGAAUCUUGAUUCGCUCGAUAGACCAACGGUAGCUCUCCUGUUUGCCAUUUACACUGCAGCUGUCAUGUCUAUGAGUGACGAAGACUGCAGCACGACUUUCGGGGAACCUCAAAAGACAUUGCUUUCGAGAUACCUAUUCGCAACACAGCAGGCUUUGCAAGCUGCUGGUGUAAUGAAAGUACGGAGUUUUACUUUGCUGCAAGCCUUUACACUUCAUAUUAUCGCAGCUCGGCAACUGUACAACCCCCAAGCCAUCUGGCUUCUUUCAGGAACAGCAGUUAGAAUGGGGCAAUUGCUUGGCUUGCACCAAAAUCCUGCUUCGAGUGAGCUGUCAAUCUUCGACGUUCAGAUGCAGAGAAGAGUUUGGUGGCAAAUUCUCCUCAUUGAUGCGCGCGGUGCACAGCUGGCAGGGUCGCAAAGCACCUACCAAUUCUCCGAUGCUGCCAACUUCCCUCUGCCCGGGAAUUUCAACGACUCCGACCUCAGCCCAGAAAUGCGGGAAGAGCCCGUGGCUCACAACGGCCCCACGGAGAUGAUGUUUUGUCUCCUGAGGUACGAACUGGGCAGAUUUCUGAGCACCGCUGCGCAGACACUGAACAGCCAUGAUGUUUCGCUUCAGGAGAAGGACCGCCUGAUUAGCAAGUACGAGAACCGGAUAGAGUGCAUGUACCUCAGAUACUGUGAUACUGCCUUGCCGCUCCAUCUGCUGUCAUCUGGCGGAGCGCGGUCGGCUUUAUGCAAGAUGCGGCUGAUGGCACAUCAUCCUUGUCAGUAUCAGGACCGAGGCAAGUCGAUGCCCCAAUCAGAGCAUGACAUGCUAUUUGUUACAAGUCUCAAGAUGGUCGAAUAUGAUGUCCUGGGAAAGUCAGUCAGGUCUUUAGACGGGUUUGGUUGGCACAUGGAUAUUUUCUUCCAGCUUGAUGCCUUUGUUUUCAUGUUGAUAGAGUUACGUCGCCAACAGCCGGGGACUCAAGUGGACAAGGCGUGGCAAUUGGUAGAAGACGUCUUUAAGUAUCACCCCAUGCUUGCUGAAGAGGGAUCGAGUGAGUUGAACGCAGAGGUUUGCAAGUUAGUCGUGAGGGCCUGGGAGUCAAGAGAGUUCAACUUCGUGAGAAACGGGUUCGAGCAAGUUAUUGUACCACCGAUCAUUGGGAAGUUGCGAUCUAAACUGACCGAGACCCCCGACUAUGAAUACGACGUCGGCGCGAUUGGCCAAGGUUCUGGCGAAGGCUUCACAGACACACCCCUUACAAUGCAUGAGAUGGAGGCCAUGCAGACAGACAACAUGGGUUCUUCGGCGGUGGCUGACUGGGACUUCUGGGAUAAUUUACUUCAGGGAGGUAUGCAUAGUCAAGAGCCCAUAAAUUACUCUAAAUAAGAUAAUGGCAGAUCAUAGAGUCAUUAGUGACCUGACUCUCAUUGUGCAUAAACUACGUCUGAGAAGCGUCGGAUCCUCUUUGUUCUUAAAACAGGUUAGGCACAGUUUUUGUCCGAAUCACAUAACCACCGGGACAUUGGUACAGUCGAACCCAAGCGAUGCUGCUUCGGCAGGAAAGAAAUCGCUGGGGCGGCUUCGGGGUUUCAAGGAGUUUCCCGGGGCUUUCGGAUAUUUCGCAGCUUUCGGAACAUUCU